UCCCACUCUGCGGCUGCUGCUGGUCGUUGCUGUCAUCAUGCAGGUGGAAUUUGCGCAGUUCGGUUCGGGAUAAAGGUUCCCCAAAGAUCCAAACACGUCAGCCUCACGGGAGCUGUCACCAAACCGGAAAUUAACAACUAAUUAGGGACUGUUUUUUUAUUAUUAUUAUUGUGAGCAUUAGUUUAUAUAUGUUUCAUCACUAAUAACCGAUGAGGUAUCGAUCCGGAGGAAACAACUGUUUGUUACAAAGUGUCUUCUCUCGUGGCGCAGUCCAGCUCAGCACGAGUCGCUUCAUAGGAUGCCAGACAAGCCCGGAGGAGGCGAGCCUCACAGUUUGACAGGCAUCAAACACACCGCCUCGAUCUGAACAUAUACGGGCUGAAGAUGGACGAAGUCACGGUCAGCGACACCAUCCCGGAUCUGAAGGACCUGGAGGUGAAGAUCGGCCGGAAGACUCCGGAAGGUUUGCUCAGGUGGAUGCGCGAAGACGCGUCCUCCCUCCGGGGGGACUCCAAGCUGGCCGCCCCUCACGAGACCAGCAAGGACACGGGGAGGAAGAGUUUGGAUGAAAAGAUUAGGAAACUGAAGGUGGAGAUGG